GUCCGAUAAACAUAUCUCCCCCAGGCUGGUCACACUGACUACUCAUUUGUUGUUUGUUUUCUUAUUUUCCGCCAAAUUUCCGUCGCAAAUGGUCGCAGUAUGUCCACCUGCAGUGCGUCCGAAAUUGCGGAAAAGAAGCGCAUUGCGCUGUCUAAGCUGCAGGCUAAGAAGUCCCAGCUCCUGGCCAACGCGAAUGGCGGGAGACCAGCUCCGACGACUCCAACUAGUUCAGCGCAGCAACAAGUCCGCAAUGGAAGCCAUGGAAAUCCCAAACAACCGCAAGUCAAGUCUCCCUUGAACUUCUACCGCUCGCCGCCAGCAGCAGGGCAGGGGAAGAUCAGCAGGACUGGUCCCACCACUAGCGACAACAAGAGCUCCUCGUUUCUGAACGCCUUGAAGGCAAUAAAGCAAACCUCCGCUCGGGAAUUGUGCCGCAGUGCAGCACAUCCUUACCAGCGACCAAAUGGCGGCGACAAGGACAUCAGAAGCAGGCCAACGCUAUCGCUGGCUCCGGAGAUGGAGCAGCCGCCAGUGGCGCCGGUGUUUCGGAAUUCAAUAACCUGCAACCUCUACAUGACCAGCGCAAAUCGGUUUGCGGCUCACACAUCCGGUUAUCACGAGAAGCUGGUUGCCGUGUUUAAGAACAUGCCCACCAAAAGCUACGACAGCAACAGCCGCAUCUGGAACUUCGACCUGACGGACUACCAAGCGCUGCAAUUGCAUGCAGCUGACCUUAAGCCAAGCGUACAUGUGAAUGGCGUGCCCAAGAAGGUGCUGGAUUUGUGCCAGCAACCGCCAGUGGAUUCGGAGCGGAGUGUCUUGGCCUCCAUAGAGCCCAAGUUGGCGGAGAAGCUGAUGCCCUUCCAGCAGGAUGGCGUGUGCUUCGCCAUUGCCCAGAAGGGACGCAUUAUGAUCUGUGAUGAAAUGGGUCUGGGCAAGACCUAUCAAGCUCUUGCCGUGGCUGAUUAUUUCAAAGAUGACUGGCCCCUGCUUGUCUGCACUACGGCCUCGACGCGGGACAGCUGGGCCAAGCACAUUGUUGAACUGCUACCCAAGGUGCCGGUCCACUACAUCCAGGUGCUUAACAACAAUCAACAAUAUGUGGGCGAGGCCCGGGUGCUCAUCACCAGCUACAACAUGAUGGAAAAGCACAUGGACAAGCUGCUACAGCGUAAGUACGGCUUCAUAAUCUUCGACGAGUCGCACACACUGAAGAACAGCAAAGCUAAGUGCACGGCGGUGGCCAAGAGACUCACGGAUCAGGCCAAGCGUGUGGUCUUGCUCUCGGGUACACCGGCUCUCUCCAGACCCUUGGAGUUGUUCACGCAAUUGCAGCUAAUCGACAGCAAGUUCAUGAAUUUCAUGGAGUUUACAACUCGUUACUGUGAUGGCAAACAGUCCACGUUUGGCUGGGAUGCCAGUGGCCAAUCAAACCUGGAGGAGCUCAAGGUGAUGCUUACUUUGAAGUAUAUGCUUAGGCGAACCAAGACAGAGGUACUGCCGCAGCUAGCUGAGAAGAACAGGGAAACUGUAGUGCUGGAUCCGUCUUUGGUCUGGACCAAUGAGGAGACCAAGGAUAGCUUGGAUGCCUUUAACAGAGAGCUGAAAACCAGCAAAGGCAAAGCCUCCGAGGAGAUUCUCCUGCGUUUUUAUGCUCGCACAGCUGAAGUAAAGACUCGAGCCGUUUGUGCCUAUGUAAAAACCUUGCUUAAGGAAAAUAAGAAAUUUAUCAUUUUUGCCCAUCAUCGGGUAAUGAUGGAUGCCAUUAGCGAUUGUCUCGCUCAGAUGAAGGUACACUACAUAAGGAUUGAUGGACAAACGCGCAGUGAUCUCAGGGCUGACUUUGUGGACACUUUUCAGAAGAAGAGUAGCUGCAAGGUAGCCCUGCUCUCCUUGAAAGCAUGCAACUCCGGGAUUACUCUUACAGCCGCCGAGAUCAUAGUGUUUGCGGAACUGGACUGGAAUCCAAGUACGCUUGCCCAGGCCGAGAGCCGUGCCCAUCGCAUAGGCCAAACGAAAGAGGUGAUAUGUCGCUACCUAAUGGCCACUCAUACAGCCGAUGAUACUAUAUGGAAUAUGCUAAAGAACAAGCAGGAGGUGCUUAGUAAGGUAGGCAUCUUCGCAGAGAAUCUUCAAAAAGCCACGCACACAGCGGCGCCCACUUCGUCCCACAAAAUCGAGGAAUUUUUCUCCCCCGCGAAAUCCUCUAUAGUCCAUUCGGAUAGGGGUACCAUUAGGCAGUUUCUAUCGCCGGCUCCCAGUGAAACCAAAAAUAAUGUGGAAGAGAAAUCCAAAAAAGCUCUUCUCAAGUCGGAUAUGGCAGCCUUUUUCGACGAUGAUGAAGAUGAGGCCUUGCUGGACUUAGAUAUUUAGUUUUAUGUCCUAAAACUUCUGUUGAAUUAUGCCAAUAAAUUGUAGUUAAUUGUG